GAGGGGGCUGUGCGCAAGAUCCUCCUGUGCAUCGCCAACCAGUUCCCUGACAUCUCCUUCUGCCCCGCCCUGCCCGCCGUGGUGGCCCUGCUGCUGCACUACAGCAUUGAUGAAGCCGAGUGCUUCGAGAAGGCCUGCCGCAUCCUGGCCUGCAAUGACCCGGGCAGGAGGCUGAUCGACCAGAGCUUCCUGGCCUUUGAGUCGUCCUGCAUGACGUUUGGGGACCUGGUGAACAAGUACUGCCAGGCGGCCCACAAGCUGAUGGUGGCCGUGUCAGAGGACGUCCUGCAGGUCUAUGCGGACUGGCAGCGCUGGCUGUUUGGGGAGCUGCCCCUCUGCUACUUCGCCCGGGUCUUUGACGUCUUCCUGGUGGAGGGCUACAAAGUGCUGUACCGCGUGGCGCUGGCCAUCCUCAAGUUCUUCCACAAGGUGAGGGCCGGGCAACCCCUGGAGUCGGACAGCGUGAAGCAGGACAUCCGCACGUUCGUCAAAGACAUCGCCAAGACCGUGUCCCCGGAGAAGCUGCUGGAGAAAGCGUUUGCCAUCCGCCUCUUCUCCCGCAAGGAGAUCCAGCUCCUGCAGAUGGCCAACGAGAAAGCCCUGAAGCAGAAGGGCAUCACUGUGAAGCAGAAGAGGCAGUUUGUACACUUGGCCGUCCAUGCAGAGAACUUCCGCUCGGAGAUCGUCAGUGUGAGGGAGAUGAGAGACAUCUGGUCCUGGGUCCCCGAGCGCUUCGCCCUGUGCCAGCCCCUCCUGCUGUUCUCCUCCCUGCAGCAUGGGUACAGCCUGGCCAGGUUCUACUUCCAGUGUGAAGGACAUGAGCCUACCCUCUUGCUCAUCAAGACCACGCAGAAGGAGGUGUGUGGUGCUUACCUGUCCACAGACUGGAGUGAGAGAAAUAAGUUUGGAGGCAAACUGGGCUUCUUUGGGACCGGAGAAUGCUUUGUGUUUAGGCUGCAGCCUGAGGUGCAGCGCUACGAGUGGGUGGUGAUCAAGCACCCCGAGCUGACCAAGCCCCCACCCUUGAUGGCUGCCGAGCCCACCGCCCCGCUCAGCCACUCCGCCUCCUCAGACCCUGCCGACCGCCUCUCGCCCUUCCUGGCCGCUCGCCACUUCAACCUGCCCUCCAAGACCGAGUCCAUGUUCAUGGCGGGGGGCAGCGACUGCCUCAUCGUCGGGGGAGGAGGUGGCCAGGCGCUCUACAUCGAUGGGGACCUGAACCGGGGCCGCACAAGCCACUGCGACACCUUCAACAACCAGCCCCUCUGCUCCGAGAACUUCCUCAUCGCUGCUGUGGAGGCCUGGGGCUUUCAGGACCCUGACACCCAGUGACAGCCUGUGCCACGAGCCUGAAACUUUUGCUGGGCCUCCCUGCGUGUUCCCAUCUGAAGAGGUGGCCCCGGGAGAGGCCCUCAGGGACCGACCCAGACCAGCAAGCUCCAUUUCCAGGGGUCUGCCAAGAGAAGCCUGGACCCAGGGGACUUCUCAGCCCCCCUCCCUUCCAGCCCAGGCCUCCUUGAGUUCUUGUAGCCUCUGCAGCUGCCCAUUUCACCUCUUUGUCAUUGCAGUGACCUGGGGCCCAAGGUCACGCCCAAGCCCCUCUUUGUGGCAUGCUCAUCUCAGUUCAUCCCCAGCUGCUUCUGUGCACCAGGACCUGCGCCCUCCCCAGGCCCUGGCCACCCAGCACCUCCUUGGCUACCUUGCAUGGAUGCAUGUCCUCCCUCUGUCCCUCUUGUGCUGUGGCUGGCCACGUGUCAGGGUUUUCUCUCAUCUUACAGCCUUUGGGCCCCUGGGCCCCUGCCCUGCCUAAGCCCUGCACUGGCCAGACACAGGCAGGUGCCAAGGGAGGCCUUGCCUCUGGGCACUGUAGGGGGCAGCCCCCUGCCUUGUGACCUCCCUCCAUGCCCCGUGACCUCCUUCAGCUGGUAUUGAGGGUCUAGGCACCACAGAGGGGAGAAGGGAGAAGUGGAGGCCCGAGUGGCUGUUCUGGGACCAUGGAGACCUGGGUCACAGAUACAGAUACCAGCAGUCCUGCCCCUACUUCUGUCCCUGCUGGCCUCCAGCCAGUGCCACUUGGAAUCCCCUGUACCGUGCCACCGUCCAUCCCCACACCGUUGCCUGCUUCUCCCAUGGGGCUUCAGCCUCCCCUGACCAUCUGCUCACGUAGCCUCUGACUGGGCCCACAGUGGUGCAGGAGGAAGGACCGGGAACCCUGUGUGGCUUUGGGCAAGCUGACAAACCCAUCUGGAACUCAGUUUCCCAAACUGUGAAAUGGGGACUGUUGAGAGGCUCGCAGGGGGACAGGGUGAAUCCCUCUCUCCGGGAGAGGUAUGGGAGGGAAGUCGCCACUCAUCUCACAGCCCACCGCAGCCCUCCAGGCCCCGCCUGAGUCCCCAAGGCCCUCAUCUGUACCGCCAGCUUUGGUGUUCAUUAAACAUGGUCUUGCUGCAUCAACUUCAGGGCUCCAAGCUGAGUCUGAUCUCUUCAGCCAGGGGCCUCCGGGGGCUUCCUGGGCCUACAGCCAAGCAGGUGUGGGAGGCUGCCCGCUGCAGUGCUCACCCACAUUCUAUGACUGGAAUACUGCAAGCCUCUUCCACAGGGAGCCCUCCAGGAGCAGGGAAGUCAUAUCCAAGGACCAUUUGUAGGUUUCCCUCUGCAAACUUCCUGAACUGGGUGGUGACUUUUCUGGCGAAUUAAGUCCAGCAGGUUCUGCGUGGCUGCCCCGGGGGGCCCCACCCUGGCCUUGCAGUGAUCUGGACCAGGAAGACGGAUUGCUGCUGGCUCAUGAUUUCCACAUCAUGAGCGAAGUUCUUUGUUUUUUGUGUGCAUGCAAAAUAUUGUUUCCUUAAAUUUAAUCUCUUUUCCUAACUUUUCUACUAACCUAGAAGGUAUGUGUGAUUAUUAUCUUUUUUAUUCUUAUCACUAUACUUGUUGUUAUCUGAUAUUAGGCAUUCCCAAAUAGAACAUAAUUUAUUUUGUUAAUGUUCUCUAUUUCUUCUUGAUUAUUUAUUAGCUUUGGAUGGUUAAAAAUUAGCCAAAAGUGGCUGCUUUGCCUAUGGAGUAGCCAUUCUUUGUU